AUGCUCACUUGUGCCAGAAAUCUCAGAGCUACCAUACCAGGCGGCAACAUCGACAUAGCAGAGCAUGACAGCCACAUGCAUCUUGCCUUUGGUGAAGUGUACGAGUUUGAAGAAGCCAUUCGAAAGGCAAGAGAAAUGACAGAUGCGUCUGAGACGCUGAUAAUCGUUACGGCCGAUCAUGCCCAUGCAGUCACAUUGCCUGGCUAUCUACCGGUCCAGAAAAGUCUCUUUAGUAAGUGA